CCCAGCGUGUUCGCCAUCACGCGGAUGAAGGUCUUCGUGGUUGUUUCCCUAAGCAUAACAUGGUGGUUUGCCUCCAUUCUCCCACACUACCGGCCCACGAUCCAGGCGAACUUGUCGGCUAGACUAGAUGAGGCGCUACAAAAUCUGCCGUCCAUCAAGGUUGACUGGGACACAGGCGGCAGCAACCCUCGCGACGCCUACAAUGCGUCAAAGGUGGCCUUGCUGAUAGAGCACAGGCCGCUGCCGCAUCUGGUGCCGCAAAUACUGCACAUGAUCUCUGUGGUCCCGCCCGACUGGCGCUUCCUCUUCAUCGGGUCCAACAAGAGUGUCUUGAGCGUCGGGAGGGCAUAUGCUACUAAACACCAGCAGGUGAUUGGCAAGCUGGACCUUAUGGUGCUUCCAGAGCCGUGGGAGAUCGACCAGAAGGAGAAGGUCUUCAGGCUCUUGACCGACCAGCGCUUCUACGACGAGUUCUUGCCUGGCGUCGAGUGGCUCUUGAAGUACGAAUCCGACAGUAUCAUGUGCGCCAACUCGGACACGAGUCUCAAUGACUGGUUGCACUGGAGUUGGGUAGGGGCGCCGAGCAGGACACUGGAUGACCGCUUCUCUGGCAACGGCGGCCUCUCCCUGCGCCGCGUGUCGACGAUUCGUCGCAUCUUGGGGUUCCAGAAGAGAUACAACGACACGGAAGCCGAAGACGAAUGGUUUGGCAAGCGCGUGUAUAUCCUGCCGGGGGCCAAGGUUGCGUCGGGCAGCGACGAGGCAUUUGCUGUCGAGGACGUGUACAUUGAUAAUGCGAUGGGCUACCAUGUCCGCAACGGCGGCAAGGAUCUGGCGGAUACCGUGUGGCAAGAACAGGAGCGGAGACAUAAGAUCUUCGACUACUGCCCCGAGCUGAGCAUGAUUAUGGACAUGAAGCUAGAGCAAGAGCGCUGCCCCGGAGACAAUCGCCAAGGU